AUGGACCCCGCCGUACUUGUAGAAAAUCUAAGAGUUUUGACCGUAAUCAAACGCAUAGACCUCGCCGCCACCGUUGUAUUUCUAUGGGACUACUUCCUCACAUUCGGGAUGGAGGUCGAGCAUAUCUGGGCAUCAAAGUGGACGAUCGUGAAAGCCCUUUUCCUUAUCCAACGGUAUAUUCCGUUUAUCGACAUCAUGGGGCUGGGGAUGUAUAUAAGUUUCGGGGAAAAUAUCAGCGAGACGCGAUGUACACGCCUCAAUUACGCCUGGAAAUCUUUCUCGAUAGUCGGAGUAGUUACCUCGGAGGCUGUCCUCUGCUUUCGCGUGUGGGCAGUCUGGAAUCGUAAGAAGUCCAUGGCAUUCCUUCUUGCCAUCUUGUUCGCCGGGUCAUGGAUCCCAGCGAUUGCGUUACUCAUGGUGUUCGUCAAAACCAUCAAAUAUGUAGCUUUACCACCGCCUUUCUUGGGGUGUAUCGUGGCUGCUGCCGACGAGUCAUCAAGUUUCGAAUUCUUCCUGGCUUGGGACACGGUGAUGCUUUUGCUUAUGCUCACUGCUACGCUUCGGUCAUAUCAAAGAAGUGGGCGUACUGCCCUGUUCAAGAUAGUUUACGGAGAAGGGAUAAUCUACUACGUCUAUCUCUUCUUGAUUUCUCUAAUCAACAUCAUCUUGAAUCAUAACACUUCUAUACCCAUCCCAUAUCGCUUUAUUGCAGUUUCAAUGAUACGCUCACUCCACACAAUCCUCCCGAGUCGCGCGUUGCUCCAUCUAAGGUCCCAGAUAAAGCAAGGCUAUUUGUCUGGUCUAACCAGCAUAGAGAUGGAAAGUGGAUCGAAGGCACAAGCUGGCGGGCGGAAGAGCCGGAAUUUCACUGGAAUUAAGAUUGCGCUUCCCGCUGGCGCUGGAAGUUCGACGAUCGCCACUGAGGCAUAG